AUGGACAAGUCAUUAGAAAAACUGGACGACACAAGAGUGGAGGACAUUGAACAUGCGCAUAUCAGACGAGAAACGUCAAUGUUCGGGAAGAAUGGCCUCGAUAUGCAUGAAAUGGCAGUCCUCUCUGCCGAGGAGAUGCGAGCUGAGCGACGUUUCGUGCUGAAGCUUGACCUAAUCGUCUUACCACUCAUCGCGGUGAUGUACUUUCUGGCUACUCUUGACCGAGGAGACAUCAGUAAUGCUGCUGUUGCGGGAAUGAAUGAUGAAUUACACAUCACUGCCCACCAGCUGAGUCAAUGCGUUGCCUUCUUUUACAUCGGCUACAUUGUCUGUCAGAUUCCUGGGAAUCUCUUCAUGAGAAUGAUUGGACCGAACAUCCAGCUGGGAUGUGCCAUGAUUGGGUGGGGGCUGGGAACUACUCUGCUUUGCGAGGCGAAAAACUGGCAGUCAAUUGCCGGCAUCCGGGUGAUGAUCGGCGCUAUUGAAGCAUUCAUACAGGCAGGGCCGUUAUACUUAACAUUGUGGUAUCGAAGAGAAGAGCUUGCAACUCGGGGGGCCAUCUUUUUUUCCAUGAUGGCUGUCGCCGGUAGCAUGAAUGGUCUAAUAGCGUACGGCGUCGAGUAUAAUUUGAAUGGCGUACACGGAUGGGGCGCCUGGCGAUGGAUCUUUCUCAUUGAAGGAAUUAUGUCCGUUGGCAUGGGCUUUGUUGUUCUAGCACUGCUUCCUUCUACGCCCGAGAAGACCACAUGGAUGUUCUCCGAGAAAGAACGGGAGAUAGCCAUGCGCAGGUCAAGGGAAGCCUUCAAUGUAGCUCAUACGAAGAUUGAGCCGAAGCAGCUCAUUGCUGUGGUCAAGGAUCCCAAAGUCGUUUUUGUAUUCGUGCAUGAAUAUCAGUCUGGCAUGCUUCUCAAGCUUCUUGCCGGUAAUGCUUCAUCUGCUUGGAUUUUCGACACUACGGACCCAGCUGUUGACAAUUCCAGUUCUAGAAAUCUCUCCUUUGGCAGUACAUUCUUGGUGGGAAUGGGUACAUACCCCGCCGUAGUUCUGAUUCAGAGCUGGAUGAAUUCCAAUAUCAUUGGAUUUACAAAGAGGUAUGAGAUUUGUCGUGAUGUUGCUGAUUAUCCUCCUACAAAUGCUGACUUUCCGAGCAGAGCCGGCUCAUUGGCCUUUAUUAUGGUCUUUGGACAAAGCUUUGCGCUCCUUGGAGCUGAAAUUUUCGACGACGCCCCCCAUUAUUACAGGGGUAAGGGGCUCUCGCUAGGUGCGAUGGUUGUUGCGCCUGUUGUCACAUUGCUGUUCAUGUUCUACUUGAGACGUGCGAAUGACCGGAAGAGACGCGAUCAGGACAGCGAGGAGGCGGCUGCAAAGCGGGCUCUGAGUUUGGAGGAGAUUUGCGAUGCCCACCCAGACUUUAUGUUCUGGUAUUAG